GCAGGAGCGGGUGGGUGGAGUGGAGAAGAUCAGGUUUGACUUGGAGGCUGAUGUGGAGCAGCAGAGAGGAGCCCGGCUCCUGCCCUUCCCGGGUAUGGACAAGCUGGGGGCGGCCGUCUGCGAGUUCUUCCGCCGAGGGCUCUGCUCCAAGGGCCUGCUGUGCCCCUUCCGGCACGUCACUGGGGAGAAGACGGUGGUGUGCAAGCACUGGCUCCGGGGGCUGUGCAAGAAGGGUGACCAGUGUGACUUCCUGCACGAGUACGACGUGACCAAGAUGCCCGAGUGCUACUUCUACUCCAAGUUUGGCGAGUGCAGCAAUAAGGAAUGUCCCUUCCUGCACAUUGAUGCGAUGGCCCGUGCCACCGGCUGUCCCUGGUACGACCGAGGCUUCUGCAGGCAUGGGCCCCUGUGCAAGUACAAGCACACCCGGAGGGUGCUGUGCACCAACUACCUCGUCGGCUUCUGCCCGGAGGGACCCAAAUGCAAGUUCAUGCAGUACGUACGGGGCGGGCUGGAGGGAGUUUGGCACGUGUCCAGCCUGGCCCAGCUGGGGGGAACUGUCUCCCCAGGCCGUGGGGGUGGCCCCCAGCCACAGCCACAUGAGCUGGUGUCGGCAGGCCUCAAGGCCGGGCUGAUGUGCAGCAGCGAUCAGACCAAGGGAGCCGACCGUCCUCGGGGGGCGGCGUGGCUGGGCCCGAUGCAGCCACAGGAGGCCAGCGGCUGCCCCCCAGGCCCACAGCGCCCGCUCGAGCAAGUCACCUGCUUCAAGAUCUCUGAGGGACGGCCCUACCACUUCUUGCUGUUCGGGUACUAA